AAACGCAACAAGAAAGCAUAUGGAACGUCGAUCAACAAUGUGUAAUUGUCAUAUGAACUUCUCAGAAGUUUCUUCCCAAUUUCCAUUGGUGCUAAGUUAUUACUCUUGUAUAAAUGGGAUGAUCCGCAAUGAAGCAGAACAUAAACCUUUUCCCAUUUUAACCCUUUUGGCUUUUUCUCACAGUGCAAACAAAGAUGGUUUCAGAAAUUCAACCCCUGCAUGACAUUGGAAACAUGCUGUACAACAUAAGCACCACCACCCUUACCCUUACCAAUGCCAAGAAAAGAUGGCGUCGUGCCUACUUCUCCGUAUAUUUCUCAAACGCCAUGGCGUCCAUCGCCAAAGACGUCUUCUCCAAGGCGCUGCCCGUUUCGCACCCGACGUAUUCCGUUAUCAAUAUCAAAGAGUCAGUGACAGAUCAUUUCUAUGGUAUUGAUCAAACACAGCUUGUUGAUAUCAUACAAAACAAAGACAUGGAAGCGCUACACAGGUUUGCUGGUGUCAAGGGUUUAGCGAAAACACUUCACACUCAUCUUGAUGACGGAAUCGACGGCCAAGAUUUAAACGAAAGGAGAACCGUGUUUGGUUCCAAUACUUACCAUAAACCCCCUCCAAAGGGUUUGUUUUAUUUUGUCGUUGAGGCUUUUAAAGAUGUCACCAUUCUCAUACUAAUGGGGUGCGCGGUUCUUUCUCUUGGUUUUGGUAUCAAAGAAGACGGAAUCAACGAGGGUUGGUAUGAAGGUGGAAGCAUACUUCUCGCAGUCUUUCUAGUUAUCGUUGUGUCUGCAGUUAGUAACUUUAGACAAGAAAAACAGUUUGAUAGUCUGUCAAAAAUAAGCAAUAAUAUCAAGACUGAUGUUGUUAGAGAAGGGAGAAGACAGAAGAUAUCGAUAUUCGAUAUAGUUGUUGGAGAUAUUGUGGUUUUGAAUGUCAGAGAUCAGAAUCCAGCAGACGGCUUGUUUAUUGACGGGCAUUCAUUGCUGGUGGACGAGUCGAGCAUGACAGGCGAAAGUGAGCAAAUAGACGUAAACGCCACCGGUAAUCCGUUUUUAAUCUCUGGUGCUAAAGUGGCUGACGGGCAUUGUCGGAUGCUAGUGUUAUCAGUUGGGAUGAACACUUCUUGGGGGAAGAUGAUGAGUUCCAUCACGGGUGAUAAUAACGAGGAAACGCCAUUACAAUCACGCCUCAACAAACUAACUUCUUCAAUUGGAAAGGUAGGUCUUGCAGUUGCUUUUCUAGUUCUUUUAGUUAUGUUAAUUCGUUACUUCACGGGAAACACAGAAGAUGAAAAUGGUAAACGAGAGUAUAACGGGAAAGGCACGAGUGUAAACGAAAUACUAGAUUCUGUUACGGGUAUAUUCUCGGCGGCGGUGACCAUCGUGGUGGUGGCAAUACCUGAAGGUCUACCGCUAGCAGUGACCCUCACACUUGCAUACUCUAUGAAGAGAAUGAUGAGUGAUCAAGCCAUGGUUCGGAAGUUAUCCGCCUGUGAGACCAUGGGUUCCGCCACGGUUAUAUGCACCGAUAAGACCGGGACUUUGACUAUGAACCAGAUGACGAUAACAAAGUUCUGGCUUGGUCUCGAGUACAUAGAACAACAUGCUUCUAAUGUUAUCGCCUUACAAGUCCUUGAACUUCUACAUGAGGCAGUUGGGCUGAACACUACAGGUACGAUAUUCAAACACGCUUCACGACUGGUACCUGAAUACUCCGGGUCACCAACUGAGAAAGCGAUUUUAUCGUGGGCGGUUGAGGAUUUGGAGAUGGAUAUGGAGAAACUGAAACAAUGUUCGACUGUUCUUCAUGUCGAGACAUUUAAUUCGAAGAAAAAGCGAAGUGGGGUUUCGAUUAGGAGAAACAACGACAACACUAUUCAUGUUCACUGGAAAGGAGCUGCAGAGAUGGUACUAGCAAUGUGCUCAAAAUAUUAUAACAGCAACGGGUGUAAAGAGAUAAUCGAUAGCGAUUCAAGAAAACAAUUGGAGAAUAUAAUCGAGGGAAUGGCAGCAAGUAGUCUCAGGUGCAUUGCUUUCGCCCAUAAGAAGGUUCUAGAAGGUACAGAAACGUUAGCCGAAGAAGGGUUAACUUUGCUCGGGAUCGUUGGAUUGAAGGAUCCAUGUAGACCCGGAUCCAAAAAAGCUAUAGAAACCUGCCGGUUUGCUGGAGUUGAAGUCAAGAUGAUAACGGGAGAUAACUUAUUCACAGCAAAAGCCAUAGCCACCGAAUGUGGGAUACUGGAAUCAGGUCAAGAAGUGUGUGAAGACGAAGUGGUGGAAGGUGUCCAGUUUCGUAAUUUCACAGAUGAAGAAAGAAUGCAAAAGGUUGAUAGAAUCCGUGUGAUGGCAAGAUCUUCGCCUUUUGAUAAGCUUUUGAUGGUAAAGUGCUUGAAACAAAAAGGGCACGUUGUGGCUGUUACCGGUGACGGGACAAACGAUGCACCGGCACUCAAAGAAGCCGAUAUUGGUCUUUCAAUGGGAAUUCAAGGAACCGAAGUAGCCAAACAGAGCUCUGAUAUCGUGAUCUUAGACGACGACAUUGCAUCUAUUUCAACUGUAUUAAUGUGGGGACGGUGCGUGUACAAUAACAUCCAAAAGUUCAUCCAGUUUCAACUCACGGUAAAUGUCGCAGCUCUUGUUAUUAACUUCAUUGCAGCGGUAACUUCUGGCGGGGUCCCUUUAACCGCAGUUCAACUUCUGUGGGUGAAUCUAAUCAUGGAUACUUUGGGUGCACUUGCACUUGCUACAGAAGGGCCCACUAAGGAACUCUUGAACAAACCACCGGUGGGUCGGGUCGAACCUCUCAUAACUAACGUCAUGUGGAGAAACCUACUUGCACAAGCUAUUUUCCAGAUUACUGUUCUAUUGACGUUCCAGUUUAGAGGUGAGGCGAUAUUCAACGUGAAUGAGAGGGUGAAAGACACAGUAAUUUUCAAUACUUUUGUGCUAUGUCAAGUGUUCAAUGAGUUCAACUCGAGGAAGCUGGAGAAAAGGAAUAUAUUCAAAGGUAUACAUAAAAACAGAUUGUUUAUUGGAAUAAUCGGAAUUACUAUAAUCCUUCAGAUUGUGAUGGUGGAGUUUUUGAAGAAGUUUGCGGAUACAGAAAGACUAAAUGGUGUGCAGUGGGGAAUAUGUAUUGGUAUUGCAGCUUUGUCUUGGCCUAUUGGAUGGAUUAUGAAGUUGAUACCAGUACCCGAUAAACCAUUUCUAAGCUACAUUAGACGCUAAGCUACAAACGGUUGUAAAUACAUGACUAUAGCAGUUAUAAGAUUUUAUUUCAUCUCCGUUGUAUUUAGUUACUUUGUGAUUUAUGAUUAUAUAAGAAUAGUAUUA